AGCAUCAUACGGGUUGACUGUCAACAUGCAAGAUGGCUACACAUCACAGGCAAAAUGCUGCUGGGCGGAGAAAAGUACAGGUGUCUUAUGUCAUUAGGGAUGAAGUCGAGAAGUACAAUCGAAAUGGAGUGAAUGCACUCCAGCUUGAUCCUGCACUCAACCGGCUCUUUACUGCAGGAAGGGAUUCAAUCAUCCGCAUAUGGAGCGUCAAUCAGCACAAACAGGACCCAUACAUUGCCUCGAUGGAACACCACACAGACUGGGUCAAUGACAUAGUUCUCUGUUGUAAUGGAAAAACAUUGAUAUCUGCCUCAUCAGAUACUACAGUUAAAGUGUGGAAUGCACAUAAAGGCUUCUGUAUGUCAACGUUACGAACACACAAGGACUAUGUGAAAGCUUUGGCCUAUGCUAAGGAUAAAGAGCUGGUGGCAUCUGCAGGUCUGGACCGGCAGAUCUUUCUUUGGGAUGUGAACACACUAACAGCACUCACUGCAUCAAACAACACUGUCACCACCUCCUCACUCAGUGGGAACAAAGACUCCAUCUACAGUCUGGCUAUGAACCAAAUGGGUACAGUCAUUGUGUCAGGAUCCACAGAAAAGGUUCUGAGAGUGUGGGAUCCUCGAACGUGUGCAAAACUAAUGAAGCUGAAAGGUCACACAGACAAUGUCAAGUCUUUGCUGUUGAAUCGUGAUGGUACUCAGUGUCUUUCAGGCAGUUCUGAUGGGACCAUCCGCUUGUGGUCUCUUGGCCAGCAAAGAUGUAUCGCCACGUACCGGGUGCACGAUGAAGGGGUGUGGGCCCUGCAGGUCAAUGAGGCCUUUACACAUGUUUAUUCAGGAGGCAGGGACAAAAAGAUUUACUGCACAGACCUGCGAAACCCAGACAUCCGUGUGCUCAUCUGUGAGGAAAAAGCGCCAGUUCUCAAAAUGGAAUUGGACAGAUCUGCUGACCCACCUCCAGCAAUCUGGGUCUCCACCACCAAGUCAUCAGUUAACAAAUGGUCUCUAAAGGGAAUGCACAACUUCCGAUCAUCAGGAGAGUAUGACAAUGAUUGUACUACUCCGUUAACACCGUUAUGUACUCAGCCCGAACAAGUCAUCAAGGGAGGUGCCAGUAUAAUACAGUGCCACAUUCUGAAUGACAAGAGACACAUACUCACCAAGGAUACCAACAACAAUGUGGCAUUCUGGGAUGUCUUAAAGGCAUGUAAGGGAGAAGAUCUUGGGAAGGUUGAGUUUGAUGAAGAAAUCAAGACGUUCAAGAUGGUCUACGUGCCAAACUGGUUCUCUGUUGAGCUAAAACUGGGGUGAAUGCUCACCAUCACACUGGACGAGAGUGAUUGCUUUGCUGCCUGGGUGUCUGCAAAGGAUGCUGGCUUUUCAAGCUCUGAUGGAUCUGACCCAAAGUGUACUGACCUUGGAGGAUUGUUGCUUCAGGCUUUGCUGGAGUUCUGGCCUAGAACGCGCAUCAACCCCAUGGAUGAGGAGGAGAAUGAGGUCAAUCAUGUGAACGGCGAGCAGGAGAACAGGGUCCAGAAAGGAAAUGGAUAUUUCCAGGUGCCGCCGCAUACACCAGUCAUCUUUGGGGAAGCGGGAGGCAGAACUUUGUUUCGGUUGUUAUGUAGAGAUUCAGGUGGAGAGACUGAGUCCAUGCUGCUAAAUGAGACUGUUCCACAAUGGGUUAUUGACAUAACUGUAGAUAAAAAUAUGCCUAAAUUCAACAAAAUUCCAUUCUACCUCCAGCCUCAUUCUUCUUCUGGUGCAAAAACUCUGAAGAAGGACCGGCUUUCAGCCAGCGACAUGCUCCAGGUGAGGAAGGUGAUGGAGCACGUUUACGAAAAGAUCAUCAACUUGGACAAUGAGUCUCAGACCACCAGCUCCUCUGCCAAUGACAAACCUGAGCAGGAGAAGGAGGAGGACAUGGCCAUGCUAGCUGAGGAGAAGAUUGAACUAAUGUGUCAAGACCAGGUUCUAGACCCAAAUAUGGACCUGCGAACAGUUAAACAUUUUAUCUGGAAGAGCGGCGGAGACUUGACGCUUCACUAUAGGCAGAAGUCCACGUGAAAGUCACCCUCUUUUUU